GGAGUAUAUAUAUCUCACAACCGAAAGCUUGCAGGCCAAGUUGGAGACCGAGGCGGUUCGGUGCUCGUCUAACAGCGGGCCGGACCGCGAGAUCGAGAGAGUUAUUAGAAGGAAACCCUAGCCGGCGCACGUCUCCUUCGUCUUGCUCGAAACCUAGCUAUCUUCGUCUAUGGCGUUGCGCACUGUGGCCGCGAAGCUGAAGACCCCCGUCGCCUCUCUGAAGCAGGCAUGGGCAGCCUGCCGUUCUCUGGCUAAGCGUCCCGAUCCUUGGGAAGGCCUGAAUGUUGAUCCGCUCAUCCGCCAGGACAUGGAGGAGCUCAACAGGGCCAUUAGGGCGAGCGAAAUGAAGCAGACUUUGAUUAGCAUUGGUUUCAUGGGUGCUUUUACUGGUGCGUUUGCCUAUGUGCUUAAAUCGGACUUAGCUGCCCGUGAGGCGCUUCGUGUGGCGCUUGAUUCCGACCAAGAUUCUACUGGUGCGGCUGUCAAUGCGGUUGGUACAAACGAAGACUAAGCAGCCGACGGGAGCAGCGUUUGGUUGGCCUUGAUCGAUGUCAUGGGUGUUAUUAGGGGCGCGGCUGUCUUAUAUGUUUAACUACAGUAGCUAUCUAGUGUUUAACUAGUCUGUAUGUGGCUUCUGGCAUCUGCGUUAUGUAGGUGAUGCCGAUGCAAACACUUUGUAAGGGCAAUUCUAACCGAUCA